AUUGGUGUAGAGCUUUAGCGGUAUUUGUCUCGGAGUUGUAAUGGUCGGGGCUUUCCGGUGAUGCGCGUGUUUGUGUUUAUUCUUUCAGUGUUUUUAUUUACUUUUCGGAACUAUACAAAUAAAACAAGAUGAUAGAGGCCGAGCAGAUAACUGAACAGUUUAACCGGUCUUUAAAUAUCAAUGAUGCAGACAGGGAGGAGAAAUAUAAAAGGUUCAGACAGCAGGGCAAGGAGGCUGCUCAGCAAGGUGAUCUUGAACUUUCUCUACAUUUUUUCCGUCAAGCGUUUGAUCUGCGGCCGAGCGACAAAAUGCAGAGUCGAAUCCAGCGAGUGGAGGAAGCCAUAAAGGAAAUGGACAUGUCUGAGGAAACGGAUGAGUUUGUGGACGUGCUCGGCAGUGGGUUGAUGAUGUAUAAAGUACUUUACGAUCAGCUGUAUGAGCACCAGAAAGAAGGUGUGGCCUUCCUGUACAGCCUGCACAGGGAUGGGCGGGGUGGCGGCAUCCUUGCUGACGACAUGGGCCUGGGCAAGACGGUGCAGGUCCUCAGCUUCCUGUCAGCGAUGUAUGAUGCCGAGCUGACCAGUCGCACGCUUCUCAUCAUGCCCACCACCCUCAUCAAGAACUGGCUAAGGGAAUUUAAGCGCUGGACACCAGGUCUGCGUGUCAAAGAAUUCCACGGCACCAGCAAAUCGGAGCGCAGCCGAAACCUGGAGCGAAUCCAACGAGGGAGUGGAGCAAUAAUCACCACCUAUCAAAUGCUAAUUAAUAACUGGCAGCAACUGGCGUCAUUCGGAGGGCAAGAAUUCACUUGGGAUUAUGUUAUCUUGGAUGAAGCCCACAAGAUCAAAAGCUCAUCUACAAAGACUGCGAAGAGCGUGAGAGCAGUUCCGGCACGGCACCGCCUCCUGCUCACCGGCACGCCCGUUCAGAACAACCUGCAGGAGAUGUGGGCGCUGUUUGACUUUGCCUGCCAGGGUGCAUUGCUGGGCAGCGCCAAGACCUUUAAAGCAGAGUAUGAGAACCCAAUCACACGAGCGAGGGAGAAAGAUGCCACGCCCGGAGAGAAAGCACUUGGGCUUAAAAUCUCACAGAACCUGUCCGAGCUUAUCAGGCCGUACUUCCUACGCAGGACCAAAACUGAGGUACAGGAUCGGAAGCGGAUUGCACACAGGGCCAAAGAGGAAGAUCAGGAACAGGAAGUGCAGGAUCAGCAGAGUUCUAGAGUGAGUGAGAUCCCAUCUUUAAUGCGUAAGACUGAUCUGAUCGUGUGGACGUACCUGAGUGACGUUCAGGAGGACAUCUACAGACAGUUCAUCUCUCUGGACCACAUCAAAGAGCUGCUAACUACCACACGCUCUCCACUAGCAGACCUCACAGUGCUCAAAAAGCUGUGUGAUCAUCCCAGAUUGCUCUCUGCCCGAGCUGUUACUCAGCUCGGACUCGGGGUGUGGCCAGCCGACUUCCACGAGGAUGAUUGCCAAUCAGCUCCGGGCAGCAGCAUUGUGGACGUGACUGACGAGACGCUGAUCAGUGAGUCGGGAAAACUGCGUUUCCUGCUGAGUCUAAUGGAGAGUCUGAGGGAUGAGGGCAAGCGUACACUCAUCUUUUCCCAGUCCAGGAAGAUGCUGGACAUCAUUGAGCGUGUGCUGACCAACAGAAAGUUCCGUCUUCUGCGUGUGGACGGCACCAUCACGCAACUCGCCGAGAGAGAAAGACGGAUUGCUCUCUUUCAGACAGACGCACGCUACUCUGUCUUUCUGCUGACCACACAGGUGGGUGGAGUCGGCCUCACCCUCACUGCUGCCAACAGGGUGGUGAUCUUCGACCCCAGCUGGAACCCCGCGACGGACGCGCAAGCAAUAGACCGAGCGUACCGUAUUGGCCAGACAAACGAUGUGAUCGUCUACAGACUUAUCACAUGUGGAUCUGUGGAGGAGAAGAUCUACAGACGACAGGUGUUUAAGGACUCUUUGAUCCGCCAGACGAUGGGCGAUAAGAAGAACCCAUCUCGGUACUUCUCUAAGCAGGAGCUGAAGGAGCUUUUCACACUGGAGGACAUGUCCUCGUCCUCCACUCAGCUGCAGCUGCAGUUGCUCCACUCGUCUGCGUGUCGCUCCGACCCUGAGCUGCAGCGCCACAUCUCCUCUCUGAAGGGCAUGAAUGUGUUUGGCGUGUCCCGUCAUGACCUGCUGUUCUCUAAUGAGGAGGAUGAGGAUACUCUGCAGGACGAGGAGCAACAUUACAUUGACCAGCGUGUGCAGAAAGCGCAGGACCUGGUCCAGGCCGAGUCACAGCUGCACAGCCUCAUGAUGGACAACGUUAAUCAGAACACGGAGCCCGCUUGGCUCCGGCUGUCACGGCAACGGGGCCCAGACCAACACGCAGCGAUGGAUGAUGUCAAAACCACGCCACCCUGCCAUAACCUCUGCCCACCUGCCGUGGUGGAUCUCACCCAAUCAGGAUCGGACGAGCUGGAGAUGAGCAUGCAUGGAGGAAUGGAGGUGAAGGAUGAGCAUGUGAUCGAUUUAUCUACACAGGUGACAGACGACAGUUAUGUUGAACGAGUGUUUAAGAGCAUAAAUGAUGAAGAGAGUUUAAUCAUGGAGGAGAAAGCCAAUCAUACACAUUCUCACUCAAAUCAGACCUUGCACAUCUCUCCUUUCAAGCCAUCAGAUUCAUCUGUAGUUCUGCUGGGGAUUGCGUCAAACAUACCAAAAGCAUUAUCAGAGCCUGAUGCAUCUAAACCUCUGUUGGGGGUGGGGUCAGAUUCAUCUAUGGCUCCAAUGGCAAAGUCAGAUUUGUCUAAAUCUAUGGUUGGGGUGGUGUCAGACUCAGAAGAACUGAUGGGUUCAGAGUCUUUCCAAGGGAACUUUAAUCUGCAGCUGGAGGACAGUGCAGAGCUGCUCUCAGAGGACAAGCAGGAGGAUGUGAAUCAGGAAGAGGUGGAGUUAAGUACAGGGGGUGAAGACUUCCAGCUGCAGAUGGAGGAAACUGGAGAGAGGCUCAAUGAGAGUAACAAUGAUGGUGGUAGGCAGAAGUCAGUAUAUUUCACGCCAGCAGACGAGUCCUUGCUCUGCCCCACCAAGAAGAAAAAACGGCAAGUCAUCUAUGAGAGUGAGGAAGAGGGGCAUGAAGAAGAAGAGGUGGAGAAACCUCUUUUGGCUAGUAGCCCAUUAGCUCGCAGCUUCAUGGGCCUCGGAACUUCCACACCCAAAUCUAUGCUGAAUAAUGGCACCAACCGCAGAUGCAGCAUGAACACCUCAGUCGCAUCACGACGCUCGUUAGUAGAGUCACUGCUGCAGGAUAUGGAGGAGGAACUAGAGGAGGGGGAGGAGCCAGAGGAUGAGCCAGAGGAGGAGGGCAGCUCUGAAGGGGUGGUUCGUAUCCAAGAAACUGAAGCUGAUGGAACAUAUGCUUCAUAUGCAUAUGAAUCUGUGGUGGAGGAGGCGGAGCCUUGUAGAGAAACACUUAAUUCAGAACACACGAGUGAGUGGGAGGAGCCAGAGGAGGAGGACAGUGCUGAAGGGGUGGUGCUUAGCCAAGCAUCUAAAACAUCUGAUGAUGAAUCUGUGUUGGAGGAGGCGAAGCCUAGCGAACACAUGCUUGAGUGCGAGGAGGAAGAGGAGUGCGAGGAGGACGAGGAAGGUGAUGGCAUAAAGAGUUUCACUGAUGAAUCCACUGAUGUUGAACUGGCCUCUAGUGAAUUUGUGCAUCAGUGUGCAUCCGCUGAAGUGCAGAGUCCAAAUGAUGUCAAACAUCCAGAGGAAUCGUUUGAUUCACUGGUACAUUCUGGAAAACAGUGUUUGGCUGAAGGGAGGAAACAGGAAGCACUGGACUUUUUUCUGAAGGCGAUUGACAUUAACACCGGAGACAGUGAGAUACAACUGCUCAUCAUCCAACUGUACAGAAACCUGAGUCACUGACACACGUAGUGUGUGGGUGGGUCUUCCAGCUAAAGUUGUUUAGAAUUAGGCCUAGCGUUGAGGAGUGCUUUAUGAGUAAUGCUGUAUGCCAUAUGAGGAGUUUUUUACAUCAAAGCAAGCACUGAUCACGUGUGGACACAAGCGCUGCCUGUUUGCCCUUUUAUGUACGUUAUACAACAUGGCUAAAAAAAAAUUAUUAUAAUGUAUAUUUUUCAAUUAAAGCCCUGAGAUGAACAGCAACAUCUGUUUCAGAUUCAUAUUUACACUUACUCUUGCAAUAUUAACACUAAAUCCCAUUACCUGUAUUUCUGAAUAUUAACAUAUUUGCUAUUUUCAUUAUUACUUAUGCUACUUUAAUGAAUCUUUCUGUACAUAUUGUUGUUUAAUAAUAUAACUCAAUUCAGCUUCUAACAUUUUCACACCCCAACCAGACAUCCAAGAUAGCAAGUAUGUUUGGGCCACAUGUGGAUAUUAUCUGUAUGGCCUAAAUAUGGCACUGCUGAACAGAUAUGGGCCAAAUCGUGACCAUAUGUGUUUUGCCGUAACUUAGGGUUAGGUUGUCGUAUCUAACGACUAGGUUGCUGAAUUUCCUCUAGUUAGUCAAGACAUCCAUCCAUCUUCUACACCGCUUAUCCUUUUCAGGGUCAGGGGGAUACCUGGAGCCUAUCCA